AUGGAAGUCGUCCACAAUACGCCAGAUAACGAAGGACUUCAAGUCACCGAGUUCCAUCCUCACAACGAAGGUCGACUAGCCCUACCUAGAACUUCUCAAGAGCAAGAUGUGCGACCCAGUCCAGUUCCAAGUCCGAGUCCAUAUCCGCCUAGCUAUACCGGGCCACUAUCCCCAGGACUUCCCGAGAAACCGGAUACUCAGCCUCUUCCUGAAAUUGCACCCGGUGCUUCUUUUCACCGCCGGAAGUUUGACAUCAGUCAGAGACUGUUUUGGUUGAUCAUUAUAGUGAUUGUUCUGGUCCUCGGUGGUAUCAUUGGAGGGGCAAUUGGCGGGGUCAUGGCGUCGAAGAACAAGGGCUCCAAGAUCCCAGUUAGUCUAGGUCCGAAUACUCAGACGAGUAGUAUAGGAAUUGCAGCGAGUAGCGCAACCCCGACCAGCGGCUCGACACCAACAACUACCGCUACGAACACCAUUUCUGUGACAAUGCCUACCCUAUCCGUCCAAAACCCUACCUACCACGAAAAGCCUUCCUCUCAAUACAGCGUCUUUGGCGUAGGCCUCGACUCAGCACUCUGGACAUACUCCACCAAUGUGACCAGCUGGACAUCGAUGGGAGAAGGCAUAACUAGCUCACCUGCUGUUUCACACCAAAUCUGGAACGGAAAUAGCUGGUCAUCUUGGACUUCUCUCGGAGACGGUCUUCUCAGUCCUCCAGCAGUUACGGCCCGAGGCCCUGGUCUUAUGAAGAUCUACGUUGUGGGUACUGAUAGUGCGCUUUAUGUGAUGUGGUGUACAUCUGGAACUUGGUCCACAUGGUGGGGGCUGGGUGGUGUCUUGAAGAGUCCAGUUGCUGUAGUAUCCUGGACUUCCAGUCGCAAUGAUGUUUUCGGGAUUGGGACUGAUAACGCGAUGUGGCAUAUAUCUUGGGAUGCAAAUGCCAAUCCGGAAUGGUCUAAUUGGGAAUCACUAGGCGGCGUUUUCAUCAGUGAGCCAAUGGUGGUAACUAGGGGCUCGCAAGAAUUGGAUGUUUUUGGUGUUGGAUCUGACGGUGGAGCCUGGUAUCGGUAUUAUGGCAACGGGUCUUGGAGCGAGAAUUGGGUGUCUCUAGGAGGGAUUUUCGUAAGCUCUAUCGUUGCUGUCGUCUCUGGUACUGAUCAGGUCGAUAUCUUCGGACUGGGCUUAGAUGCAGGUAUCUACACGAAACAACUUUCCGGGUCGACGUGGAGCUCGUCUUGGACUGCAUUGGGUGGGAUCUCAAAUUCUGCUCCAGAAGUUAUUACAACUGGGGACAAUAGUAUCGCUGUUUUUGUUUUGGGCUUGGAUACCACUGUAUGGACGAUCUCAAGGAACUCUGGCGUUUGGACGACUUGGGUGUCUCUGGGAGGACUGUUCGAGUUAGCUUGA